AUGGCGAAUCGAUACAUCCCUGCACUCCCCGUCGAUGGAUCAAUCCCUGAAACCACUCUUGUGGCGACGAAAAUGCACACCCCAACUGUUCGUCCAUAUUGCACAACUGUUGAAGACUCCAACCGUAUGAGAGAAGUUUUGGAGGCAAAGAAUCUGCUGGCGAUCAACAAUCCCAACUACAAUGCAACCCAUCUUCAUGACAACAUUAAAACACACUUGACAGAUCCCAAGGACCUCUACCGCACCUGGUACCAGAUAGUGGCAGAACAUUACCAAGAGCAAUGGAAAAUUCAGCAAAUCGAUCAGGCCAUAUUUCUGUCAACUCUUCCAUGUCAUUUACAUGAGAAAGUUCUUCUGGCCAUGGCGGUGUUCUGGCAUCCUGAGGUUUGCACCUUCCUUCUUCCAACAGCCCCUAUUGGCCCCACCCUCAUGGAUGUAGCCAUGAUCGCUCAUCUGCCAAUCGUUGGGGAAGAUCCUGUAAUGGGUGCCCUAGAUGGGCAAGAACCCAAAUCAGACCACGCGGGCUGGUCUCUGAUAGAUGUGAAAGAAUGGGGCUGGACCAAAUUUCUAAUUGACCAACAAGGAGCCAACGGGACCCCUGUAACUGACCGAGAGCACACUACUUUUCUCCUCUUUUGGCUCUGUAAGUAUGUUGUAGUCUCUCCUUCGAAAUGUGUCCUCCCUUCUCAUCUUGAUCUUGCUAUACACAUAACCUUGGGUCGGUUCCUCUCAUUAGGCACCCUUUUCCUUGCCAAUCUCUUUGAAGGGUUAUCCAGGGUCAGUGUCCGCCUUACUGAUAAAGAUGGUAAGAAGUUAGACACUGUUGUGUCGGGUCCUUUUUUGUUCCUGGAACUAUGGUUCCGUCUCUAUUUUCCCGACGCCUUCCAACUUGGUCAUCCUCUUGUUGCUCCCACACUUGAGAAAUCCCUAGGAGUAGCCCUUAACCGACUUUGCUUAGGCCGUAAUAACCUCCAGGCUUCUGAUCCAAUCAUAACAGCCAUUCUUACUGAUAAUCGAAAUGACAACCAUUUUUACAUACACAAAAAGUAUAUUGGCUAUGCGUCCGGUCUGUUUUGGCCAUUCCCUGUUCCUUCGCCUUUGUCUCAACCAAAUCCACUUUCAUAUCCGAAUUACCCGUUCUCCUGGGAUGUUGCCCUUAAACCCAAGUCUUUAUUUACCAGCAAAAAAAUCAACAGACAAGGUCCCAAAAUAUUUUAUACCUUCAAUUACCAACCUCAAUUUGUGGCACGCCAAUUCGGAUGCCAACAAGGCCUGCCUGGUCCCAUUGCUCAUCCCCAUCUAAUAAUUCAAAGUCCGGAUGGGAGACCUAUUCUUGAUGCAAUUGCCCCAUACAUAUCACAACUUACAAAUUACAUCACCUCUAAUUCUUACAUUCCUUACAAAUCUUCUCCAACUUAUGUUGAGUCUUUUCGGGAGUGGUGGUCGGUUACUUGGGCCUUGAUUGCCCAUGACAAGGAUCGUUUACUGGGCAUACUUCUUCCCCCACCUCCAAUUAAGUUAGCGACAACCCCUCUGACUAACACCCAAAGGAACCUGAUUACUCAGGGCGAUGAGUCGGGUACUCCACAGAGGAAGAGAAAAGCCCUUCAGACUCAAUCUAUUCUCCCUUCUGGGAACAAUCAACCAUCCCCAACAAAGCGUCCAUCAGGUGUGGCUUCAGCUCGAGCGACCGCCCAACCUACUUCCAGACCCACUAAAACAACAAAGCUACCGACUAGCCCACUACCAGAACCAGAACCCCCGACCAAGCGCCGGGCUUCGAAUAAAAUACCUCCAUCCACCGAACAUGUAACAACAAGGAUUUCAUCUCCCAGUGAGACAACUGCUUCAGAUAUGGACAGGUUACCUCAUGUUGCUUCUGCUGCCUCUGAUGCAACCGUCCCAGACACAUCAAACCAACGAGCGACUGACUUGGAGGUUGCCGACCCAGCAGCGGCCGACUUGGAGGUUGCCGACCCAGGGUAG